AAACACGAAGAAGAAGAAGAAGAAGAGCGUGUAGGUCGAGCCUGGCCGAGGGCUGCCGUCAAUGGAUUGACAUAAGAAGGAUUUUCCUUUUAUCCGGUGCUUUGGUCUCUGUGGCAGCAUGUCAGUGUUAGUGUUCAGAUAUACGCUGUGAAGACGCGUGCCCAGGGAAGAUCCAUCGAAGAGCAAUGCUGACGGAUCGGUCGUGUCGUACAGGCGGGGAAUAUUAUUAGCCUUCAGACAGUGCCUUCAGACGGUAUCCAUAUGUCAUUGAUGGAAAAAUGUCAAUGUGAUCUUGCUUGAAACAGGGAACAUUACAUGAAAGAUCUGAAAAGUUAUAUACUGUAUAACUUUAUACUGUUUCCCAUGCCGGCUAUCCUGAACUCCACCUCCCUCAUCCUCACUGGCUUCAGCUAUGCCUCGCACUCCCAGAGCACCCAAGAAGUCAUCUUCUGCAUCCAAAAAGCAAAAUGUUAGGAGGGUGAAAGCUUCCAAGACUAGGAGGCAAACAGUCAACUUGCUCAAAGCGAAUGUCAAGAUCAGGAAGGCCAUAGACAAGAAACAGGCAGCCAAAGCGACCCAAAGGACUGUUGUCAGCAAGCCCAGUAAGAGGACAGUUAAGAAUGUCCCUGUUGCUAAAGGAUCUAGGCACACGCGUGGUUCUUCGAACCAAAAUGGCUUGUUGUCAAAACUUAAUGGGAAAGGGAAGUCACCUCACAAUAGUGUCUCAUGUCCGAGGGAAGUGAAGUCCUACAGGAGAGUGGUUACAAAGAAACAGGGAGUUCUGGAGAUCAGGGAACAGGAUACUGAUACUAAAAGGUCAGAAGUUCAUGAUACUAAUGGUGAUGGACAACAAAAGGGUGCUGAAAUUCCCACUGGAGAGGGACAGAGUGUUAACAUAAGCUCAGAGGAAACUGCGGAGGAUCACAGAGAGACUGUUGUUCACAACACUGACCAGGCAGAGGAAGAGACGGUAAAGGCAGGCACAGAAACUCUGCAAAACGAAAGCUGCUCUGCUUCUACAGAGCAGCCGAAAACAGCGUUUGUUGAGCAGCAUGACUCUCACGACCCCGUCAAUAAUGUGGACUUUGCCUACAACAAUAAUACCUCAGACCCAACAACUCCCUCCCCUUCACAGUCGGAUAAGUAUGUUUCAGGUCAGAUUGAAGAGGUUCAACACAUCGUUCCACACGUGAACUUUCCCGACAAUUCUUUUCAAAGCGCUCCAGAAAACUCUACAGAAGCAGGUGAGACUGUGGCCUCCAAUGAAUCGCCAGCACUUGAAAAAAUUGCAGAUGCUCCCCAGAAGGAAAAUGAGUUUGAAAGCACUGUAGACUUGGACGCCAAAGAUGAAAAUGAUGAUGAAAUGUCGAUGAAGAAAGAGGGGGCGCUUUCUCUCCUCUCGCUGAGCAUGACCAUUUACAACAGCACUCUCUGUGAUAUGGGCCGUGGGCCUCAGGCGACCACGACACUCUCCAGUAGCACAGAAAGCACCCAGUCCUCAUUUGACAGUGACUCAGAGUUGGUUCUGGAGCACGGGGCGUCAGGAAACCCUUCUCUUCAAGUUGAGGAUAUUCAGCGGCGUUUACUUCAAGUUCAAGAGAGGAGGGACAGGAAAAGGAGAAUUCACUGCGGUGUUUGCACACCUUGCCUGCGCAAGAUCAACUGUGGGGAAUGCAGGAGUUGCCUGAACCGAAAAACAGGCCAUCAGAUCUGUAAGCUCAGGAAGUGUGUUGAGCUGAGGAAGAAGCCCCUCAUGAUCUAUACGGGAGAGGUUGAGUCAGAGGCAAACUCAGUAAAUGGCACAAGAUCAGAGCAGAUGGAGGAGACCUGUGCGGCACCAGAGGAAGAGGCGCAUUACGUAUCCUUAACACACAAUGUUCCACCUGAUGUUCCUACACCUAUCCAGCAUGGCUUAUUACCAGCACCUCCUGGAAAGGAGCCCAGGGCCACUGAUGUGCUUCUCCCUCACAACAGUUCUCCAACCUCUCAUAAUGGUGCUGAAUACAUGAAACCAAACACUGAGAGGCAUGUUGUUCCCACUGAGCCACACGCCACUUUACAUAGAUCCACGUUUAAGAAAAGUUGUGAAUCUGAGUCCUUUCAAGAACAGGUGGUUCCUCUGAAGAAUAUAAAAAUUGAGGAGCAGUGGGUUGAGAUUGAUGACCAGCACACAAAGCGCUUAGAGACUAGAGGGUGCUAUGAAGAUGCUUUAUCUACGCUUGCAGCUGUGGUCUGCUUCUCCAGUACGGACAGGAAAAGUCUAGAGGAGAGGCUUUUUGGGGCUCAGGCCUCAGACAUGUGUUUAAAAACUGAGCCGAAAGAAGAACCAUAUCAGUGUCAGUUAAAUCAAGGAAAAACUCCAGAAGAACCUCCUCAGAAUGAUAACAUUGCACUCAGUGUCCAGUCUCUGGUCCAGCAUAGGAAUAUUAGCAUUGAUCAGGCUAUAGCUAUUGAGGCCUUGACCCAACUGGCAGCUACUCCACAGACAGUGCCCUUUGAACCAGAAAACCAGAGUCAGGACGCUCAACGAGAAAUGUCUACUUGCUUCACUUCAAGCAACCACAUACCUCUUCGAGAGGCUAAACCAGUUUCAGAUGUUUUCUCUAACAAGGUCUCAGUAAUCAGUUCAUCAUUGCAUCAGACUUCUGUCAUCCGCAACCCUCUGAACAGGCCGGCCAACUUCACCCAAAAUCAGCAUUGUGCAUCUACCUCCAGAAAACUUUCCUUGAAGGAUCUUCUGGUGGCCAGCUCUGAAUGUGAAAAGCUAUCGUAUACCACAGAGAACCGCAGAAAUGGCCAAGCACUUUGUAAAGCUGACAGAUUAGAAGGCACUUUCAAGAAGUAUAAGCAUGGAGAAGCGACUCAAAUCUCGAGAAAGAGGGACGAGGAGGAAGUUGCAGCUCAAUUGGUGCAGCUUGCGUUCAUGAUCGAAUCCAGGCAGAUGCAAGUCUCGGAAAACAAUCCACCGAAAGGUAUGCCGACUCAGAACAUGAAAUACAAUCAUAAUUAUUUGGGGCAGCACUUAAAAAAGCAAAGUAAACCUAAAAUGGCUCCAUCAAAACCCAGGAUGUCCAAGAAGAAAGCUGCUGAGAUCGAGGGCAACCAUUGUAGGAUUCCAUUGGCCAAGAGGACGCCCAACAGGAAAACCCCACUCAAGGGCACCCUUCAGAAAGCCAAUUCACAACAAAAGAUGAUUUUCCAUCACAAGAGGAGUCUGUUUCUUCCACAAAUGCAGAUAGACCUGAAAAAGUACAUAGCAGAGGCUCAUCAUGAGAACAGGCAGCUCUUAUUCCACAGCAACUCCCUGAAGAAAGAGCACUUUGAAACGAUCUUAGGUUCUGGUAAGCAGAAUGGCUUUCACUUUAAAUACGAGCAAGGAGCUCAAAGUCAUUCUUUACCACCACCAAACGGGCUGUUUCACAAUCAUACAAAUGACCAUCUAGGUGCUAGCCAAUGGCCAAGGCAUGAAUGUGAACAACAAAUGAUUUCUCAGGUAUCGAAAACCUACGAUGUGCUAAAUCAUGGUGCUAAACAACAACCUCAGCAGACCAUGGCCAGUGAACCCUGUAAAGACCCGCCGCAAAGCCCAGUGAUGUACCAUAAAGCCAACGGCAUUAAUGAUCAUCAACACAUGCACUCGAAUCACAAUGGAUUAUACCAAGUUGAGAAGUCUGGAGGUGUUACAGUAUUGUCGACAUCCAAUGUGCAUUUGGAGAAUGGUGAUGUGGCAAACACUGGAGAACAGACUCCUACCAAGCACACGAUCAACAGCUUUUUGGAGUCUCCAAUGAGGUUCUUGAACACACCAACCAAGAAUCUCCUCAACACCCCCUCCAAACAAAACACAGAGCUGCCCUCCUGUGAUUGUGUGGAACAAAUAAUUGAGAAAGAGGAGGGUCCGUACUACACUCACCUUGGAUCUGGCCCGAAUGUAGCAGCCGUGAGAGAGAUGAUGGAGAACAGAUAUGGUGAGAAAGGCAACGCUGUCCGUAUGGAGGUUGUUGUGUAUACAGGCAAAGAGGGGCGGAGCUCACAGGGUUGCCCGAUCGCCAAGUGGAUCAUACGUCGAGGAAGUGAGGAAGAGAAGUUGUUGUGUCUUGUGCGGCAGCGUGCUGGUCACUGCUGUCAGAACGCAGUGGUAGUCAUUCUCAUCUUGGCCUGGGAAGGGAUCCCACGAAGUGUGGCUGACAGGCUGUACCAGGAGCUCACACACACUCUCUGCAAAUAUGGCUCACCCACUAGCCGCCGCUGUGCCCUCAAUGAGGAUCGUACAUGUGCGUGUCAGGGUCUGGACCCAGAGACCUGCGGUGCCUCGUUCUCGUUUGGUUGCUCCUGGAGUAUGUACUACAAUGGCUGCAAGUUUGCACGCAGCAAAAUCCCCCGGAAGUUCAGACUGCAGGGAGACUAUCCUGAGGAGGAGGAGAAGUUGGAGAAAAACUUGCAGAAUCUGGCAUCAGAUUUGGCCCCUGUGUACAAGAAACUUGCUCCUGAUGCAUUUCAGAACCAGGUGGAGCUGGAGCAGCAAGGGCAGGACUGUCGGCUGGGCAGGAGUGAAGGUCGACCUUUCUCUGGUGUGACUGCGUGUGUGGACUUCUGCGCUCAUGCCCACAAAGACACACAGAACAUGACCAAUGGAAGCACUGUGGUAUGCACUUUAACCAAGGAGGAUAACCGUGCAGUGCGGAACAUUCCAAACGACGAGCAGCUGCAUGUCCUGCCGCUCUACAAGAUCUCUGACACGGAUGAGUUUGGCCGUGCUGAGGGCCAGUGGGCCAAGAUAAAGUCUGGGGCAAUGCAGGUCCUCUCUGCUUUCCCAAGAGAAGUGAGGAUGCUGGCUGAGCCUGUCAAAUCAGCACGCAAGAGGAAGAUGGAGGCUAAAAGAGCCCAUGCUGAGAAAAUAAGUGGCCUGGACAGUAAACAGUGCACCCCUAUGAAAGUGAAGAACGAGCCUCUUAAAGGUUUCAAACACAACUCUGUUGAACAUUCACCAUGUUCAGAAAAGGAUACUUGUAAUGUAAGCUCCACAAUGCGAAUGUCUGGGGUUCCAGGCAUUGGAGACCGACUCUCAGACUUCCACUCUACUGUCCCAUACAACCAGAGUAACACAUGCGACACACCUCCUGUGGCCUCCGGCUUUGGCUUGUCCACACACCCAGCGUUCCCUCAACCGCAUGAUCCCUCAAGAGGAACGGGCCACAGCAAUGGCUCUCCUUCUCUUAGACACGGACUUGAGAACAUCAGGCAGAUGUCUGAACCAUUCAAAAACUCGUAUCCGAACGAUCCUCACUCUCCCUCAUUCAAAUCAGAGCCUGAGGAGAUACGGUGCUUCCAGGGUGGCACAGCUCCCACCCCGCUCUCCCCACCCAUGGCUGAGGGUCUCCACAGUCGCUUGAACCUGGAGGACCACCACAACCCACCCGUUACAGCACGACCCCUGACCCCAGAGGUGGGUAAAGCGGAGGAAUUGUGGUCAGACAGCGAGCACAAUUUCUUCGAUGGGGAUAUUGGAGGGGUUGCUGUGGCUCCUUCCCACGGCUCCAUCAUGAUCGAAUGUGCUCGACGGGAAAUGCAUGCCACCACUCCCAUCCUGCGGCCCAACCGCACGCAUCCCACCCGCAUCUCCCUGGUCUUCUACCAGCACAAGAGCCUGAAUGCCCCGGGCCACGGCCUGCAACAAUGGGAGGCUAAAAUGGCAGAGAAGGCCAGGGAGAAAGAGGAAGCCGAGCGUCUAGGACUCAACAAUAGGUCAAAGGAGAUGGAUUCGGAUACGGAGAGCGAAAACGAGACUUAUCCGGAAGAGAGACACAAGCUUCAGGUCCCUACUCGUCAAUCGCUCACAGUUACGAGUGACGGCGUCGUCAUGUCAGCGCCCUACGCCCUCACGCACGUCACUGGGCCUUACAACCGCUGGACGUGACGUUCUGUGUGCUUGUCUAGCUAAUGCCUUACCUCAGCUAGUUCUCAUCCUUUCAUGCCGUUUUUAUUAGUGCCCUUUUUCAGUUGUGCUCUUCAUCUCAGCUUUUACGAAGAAAUAGACUACCGUUUGUGAGUUUUUAACUGUGACUUUUGGUGUGUAUGUCAGAUGUUUUUUUUUAUUGUAAAGAGAUGGUGCUCAGAACAGAUGUUAUAAAACUGGUUUUAUACAUAUAGAUAAGAAUUAGUGCAUAGAAGAUGUGAUUAUUUAUUCUGAUCAUUUUCAAGACUAUUUUGUAAUUUAAUUUCUGGUCCAAGCCUGUUUACUGCAAUAGGAGUAUGUCAUCCUUUAAAUGAUGUGUGUAGUAGACUCUCCAAUUUGACAUUGUCAAAUGUGAAUCCUGUAUUCUGGUCUCACCCUCGGGUGCUGUCUUGUCCAACACACGGUAGUUGCUAUUUUAUGGUGCCAUUGUAGCAGUAAGGUUAAAUGACCAAUAUCAACCAAACAUGGGUUUCUAACUGUGCGUUCACACCGCCGGCAUCGAGAGCGUCAAAGUGGCCGGAAAUCAUUCAUUUUCAAUGUAAGCCGGCGUCGAGUAGCGGCGAGGAGCGGUGCGGCGCAACUUGGCCGUUGAGAGCGUCGAGGAGAGUUGAAAUCAAGACAACUUUAUGGUAAUGAGCUAUGACGCGGUUGGGCAGCAACCAAUCGGAAUGUAGAAUCCACCGGAUUCCAGAGAACGCAGCCCCGACCACAUUAGUUCCCAAGCAAAAUGGAGGACAGGUUGAUUAUUGCUGUUUCGCGUUUGCAAUAAUCUAUGAUGUGUCCCCCGUAUUUUAAGUAAAGGAUCUUAAUAUUUCGUCCACAACAAUAUUUAAUGAGGUUAACUUAUAACGUUACCCACCUUGUGGUUAGUCUGCACGAGAUCAACAAGCUUGUUUGCUUUGCGGCCACUUUAAAUACAAAAUAAGCAUUUGGUCUACGUCAGAGCGUCUGAGUGCUCACGAAUCUUUCAGCAGCGUUGUGAGCAUAGACAGUAAAAGAAAUGGACACAGCGACCCCAUUGGAACUCAUUUGAGACAAGUGAAGCCUGUUUUUAGCUAUUUUUAGCACUUCCGUUUCUGACGCGCAGACUCAAACGAAGCUUGACGACGUCAGCAACCUGUCUGACAGAUGUAAAUCUUCUAGUAGCUGUGCGUGCAAACUGCCACCGUUAAUCUUGCAGAGACGGCGAGCUUGAGCGGGGAGCUCUUUGGCGUGAGUGAGCAGGAGUAAGUAUUCUGAUUAAUUAUUUUGUAUAGUAUUUUAAAAUGUAACGCCAGUACGCCAUAUUAAGUUAAUUGCCUGCGAGCUUCUCCUCCUGUCUGUACGGUAAUGCGACAGAGAGUCGCGUGGUUAUGACGCAAUCGUUAGCCUAUUUUUACAAAAACUGUUUCCAUAAUGUAACAUAGAAGGUAAUGGAGCCCUUUAUACAUUGUCGUGUAUCUUUAGGAAUAAAUAAUGGACAACUGGAGCCUUUAAACGCCUCAGAUGUAAAGUUAUUCGCUGUCAAAGUGACGCCAAAAUGAAUGGGAGGUCAAUGGGAUGCUAACGCAAGUGAAGUUCUGCUACAAGAUGGCGGCACCCGGUCGACUUCAUUGCCGCCUGGUCGUGAGCAGAGCGGCAAGAGCGAUUUUUGACGCUCUCGACGCCGGCGGUGUGAACGCACAGUAACAGGAACUUUGUCAGUAAAUUGUUUUGGCAUUGUGAGACAGUGUUGGGGGUAAUGCAUUAAAUUAUAAUCAGAUUUGUUUUUUCAAGUGACUAGUAAAGUAGCGCAUUACUUUUUUCAAUUUACAACAAAAUAUCUGUUACUUUUAUGAAAUAAGUAACAAGUUUUUUAUGCGUUUAUUCACUGACGCCUCUCCUGUCCCAGUGUUGAGAGAAACAGAUACUUUUCAAUUUAACUUAUGGUGUCGAAGGGCCUUUACAGUGUCCAGAAAUAUAACUUUUGGGGGUUUUGUUAUUAAAAAACAAAUAAGCAAGCCUAGCCCAAAUGACAAAAAGUAACGCAAAAGUAACAAUACAUUACUAACGCAGUUAGUUAUGUUUUAUGGAGUAACACAAUAUUGUAAUACAUUACUUUUAAAAGUAACUUUCCCCAACACUGUUGUGAGACAUAGUAUGUGGCAUCCUUUAAAAAGCACUUUGCAUCUUCAGACCAACUUUACUUUUGACGUUUCUGAGAUGCACGUUUGGUUUAUUCAUCAUCAAGUAUCUACAAUCACGUGUUUAGUGUAGACUCAGUCAUGAUUAUGAAACUUUGCAUAUUUAAGCAAUAAUCAUGGAAGGUUUUAUGCUGCAUUUUGACAAAUUGUCCAAACUGGUUAAUUUCUGGCACUUAUGUAAAAGUUUAUAUUAUUUGGUCCCAAUAUUCGAGUUUCUUUUCUUUUUUUUAACUCCCAAAGAGGUUGAAACAUGACUUGAAAACUGCUUAAAUCGUUUUAUACAAUUCAAGCAUGUUAAAUUAUGUUCAAAUGAGUUUACUGUAUGAUUUUCACUGGUGCUUUUAAAGAGAUCCCAUGACACCUCCUGAGAUGUCAUUUCAUCUAUUUUUUAUUGCUACAUAGUGCAUUUUUAUUUAAAAAACAGUCACCUUUUGGUGUGAAGGAUGGGGUGUAUCCAUGUCUGUGCAUGUUUGGUUUUAUUUAGGUGCAUUGAAUGAAAAGAUCGAUCUUAAAUCUAAUGGCUUCUUAAUUGCAUGUGUAUCCAGAGGCCUAGUCAAGAUAUUGGCUCAAACGAAAGGUUUACAUUACUCUUACAUAAGGUUUAAAAUGAACAUACGGCUAAGAUAUGUCUUUUUAAUUUCAUCUUUAAGGUGCUAAAAAGUGUACGUCAGUGUUCAAAACCAUUGUACACUCAAAAUGCUGUGCUUCAGCACUUGAAACGAUAUAUUUUCAUGUAAAUUGUACACAUUAUCUCUCAAAACGUGUUUGAACUAGUACUCGAGCAAUGACAAAGAUAGAAAAGCUCAACAGUAACCCAAUGUUAACCUAUGUUUAGGUCACAGAGUGGCAUGGGUGUGUUCACGCUACUGUCUCUUCAAUUAAACCUACUUUUGCUGAACUAUGAAACUUUCUUUUUGUGUAAAACCAUCAUGUGUAACAAAAAGAUGAUGAUAUUGUAAUCCUGAGUUUGUAUGGCUCAGGAAAAGUGCUCAUCAGUGGUGCUUAUUCAUUGUACCAGAGUCCCCUGGCAUUGACAAAUCACAUACAAUAAGUGACUCUCUAGUUCUGGAUCUUUCUUUUUGACCGGUGCUGAAUGUUUUACUCAUUAGAUCAUGCUAUAUUAUUGAGUGUUUUUCCUCUUGACUUGAUGUGGCACAAAAAAUACUAUGACCUCACAGUCCCUUGAUGGUAAUUGACGGACACUGAAAUGCCAGUACUAUGAACAUCAAAUAGCCUUAGGGAUUUACAAAUGCAAUUCGAUUCAAUGCUCACUGAUUUUUAUGCAUUCUACCAAGCUAUUGUUUUCCAUGCUCUUGAUUUAUGUGAAUUAUGGGUUGGUUUUUAUGUUACUGUUCAAAACCUGGAUUUCUGUGUGAAUUAGUUUUAUAAUUAUAUAAUAUGUAUAAGUACCAUAAAACUUUUUUUUUUUUUGGCUCAUGCUAUCUUGUUUGAGUUCAGAUGAUUAAACAUGGCUCUCAUUGCAACAGUCUUGCUAAUGUUCCUAAAUUUGGUUACAUUCCUUUUCAAGUUAAUAUAUUCACAUUAUGCAUCUCUCGCAUGAUUUUCCUCCUUUUUUUGUUGUAUUUUCUCCUCUUUUCUCAGGUCUCUCUGCCCGUGUAACUUUGGACACUAGCUUCUAUGGUUCUUGGAUUGUCUUCCAAUAGAAUUCUUCAAAAUUUGAAUUUAUUUCUGGUUAUGUUUUGUAAAAUGGAAAAGUGGUUCCCCGUACAACAUCUUCAUGUAUAUGAUCAGUUUGACAGUUGUCUUCUGUAUAUGUUGAAUGAAAGCUGUAGUGUGUAAUUUAUGUAGUACCACUAGCAUCACCAAACAAAAUUCCAUUAAUAAUAAAGAUUAUUUUCAGGCAGUUAUCCCAACACUCUCACAGAUAGUCAGGCAAAUUGAUUGGUUAAUCCAGUGUUAUUGUGUCGGGCUGAUCACAAGCAAUGUUUUGAUUGCUGUUCAGAGAUGCAGAUAUUACAUUUUCAGGGAAUUCAAUUCAACCAUUGGCUUGUUUACUUGUAAAAAAAUAAUAAAUAUUUGGAAUAUUGAACAUUAAAAAAAUUACACACUUCAGCUUUAAGAAUGAAUGUAAGCCAUUAUGGGCACUGUUGUAGUAUAAUGAGGAAUUUUAAACCUAUUACCUUCAAAAAAAAAAAAAAAACUUGACUUGAAGACUUGUUCAUUCUGUGACUUGAAAUGAUCUGUCAAAGAAAGAAAACACCAGCUUUUUAGAUUUUUUCUUGUAGAAAAUAAAAUGCACAGUAGUUGUACAGUA